AUGAAUCAGGCUGGGAUGGGCACUAUGAAGGAGCAUAUUGAUCCGGAGGUAGCUGACUCAGUUACUAGCCGGAACAAGAAUGAGGCAGGACUCAUGAACGUUGACUCAACGGUGAGGAAGAGCCUGCAUAUAGAUGGUGAUGGUAACAGUGUUGCUAGUACGGCUGAGGUGGCACCGGGUGGAAUUCUGCGCAUCCUGGUGCUGGGCAGCCUGGGCCUGCAGUGGUUCCUCUUGCUGGCAGCGCCCAUGCGCAAGUACACCAUCCCGCGCGUCUGCAGGACGUGCAUCUGGCUGGCCUACAUCUCCAGCGACGCGCUGGCCAUCUACGCGCUCGCCACCCUCUUCAACCGCCACGCAAGGGGCAGCAACUGCGGCGGCGUCGAGCAGUCGAGCGUCCUGGAGGUCCUCUGGGCUCCUGUCCUCCUCAUCCACCUCGGGGGCCAGCAGGAGAUGACCGGUUACGAGAUCGAGGACAACGAGCUGUGGACGAGGCACACGGUGACCUUGGUGUCCCAGGUCGCGGUCGCCCUCUACGCCUUCUGCAAGUCAUGGCGCAGCUCCAGUGACUGGAAGCUACUGGCGGCGGCGGUCCUUCUCUUCGUCGUCGGCGUCCUCAGCUUCAGCGAGAAGCCGUUGGCCCUCAACAGGGCCAAGAUCAAGAGGCUAGCGGCUGUGUCGGCCUGGGUGCAAGGGACCAAGAAGCCUUCCAAGUGGAGGAAGCGCGUCAACAAGUUCUUCUUGUUCGAGGAGAGCAAUUGCUUCACCGGGAUGCCCACACAAAGCAGUGUUGGCGGCGGGGAAGAAGGAGCCGGCGGGAAGAAGGAGCAAAAACCACCGGUGGUGGCCCUGACGGAGGCAGACAAAGUCUUGAUGGUACUUUCAGACAUGUCACUGCUAGCUGCUGCCAAGGACCUGGUGUCACGAAACAAAGCUGGCAAGGUGGAAGAUGUUCUGCCGCCUCUACCCGUCGCCGAGAAGGCCUUGCCGCGCUGGCUGCGCAGUGCAUUCGCCUUCAUCUACACCAGAGCUACCGUGGUUGUCACUCCUCUCUACCUGCUCUAUCAUCUGUUGGUGGUUCCUGUCCUGCACAUGGCCGCCCUGGCGCUAUUUGCGGCGAGCGAGAAGCGCCCGUAUCGGCGCGCCGACGUGAAGAUAACCUACAUCAUCCUGUGCCUCACCGCGGCGCUGGAUGUCCUGGCGGUGUUCAUCCGGCAGCUGCUGUACCGGCUCAUGUCCAUGACAAAGGUCCCAGCCUUGUGCGAGACGGUACCCGGCUAUAACCUCGUCGACGCGGCGCUUCGGGAGGGCGACAAGAGCAUCGGGUGGAUAUACAAGUGUGCCAGGCGCAUGGGCUUCAACUGCAAGGGUGGGUGUCUUUCUUGCAGGCCUCAACUUGGUCAACUGUACAAGAAGGUGGCACAGACAGUGAUCGCAGAUCUGGUGGAUGCACAGGACCGUGACCUUGCCAGUUACAGGAUCUUGGAUUCCCACAACUGGGCUCUCAGUAAGGAGCUGCAAGGGCACUGUGGCAAGGAGAUAAAAGAAAGCUUGAGCGUCUCGUUCGACCGAAGUGUCCUCCUAUGGCACAUGGCCUCCGAUCUUUGCUUCCGCUGCAUUGACGGUGCCGCAUUGGUCGAUGAUGGUGGUAAACAAGAAGGAGAAGGAGGAGGAGAAGCAGAAGAAAAAGUCGAAGGAGUAGAAGCAGAAGCAGCAGCAGCAGCAGAAGAAGCAGUAGAAGAACAAGAACAAGAAGGAGGAGGAGGAGGAGGCGGAGGGGAAAUAGAACAACAAGAAGAAGAAGAACGGAAGAGUAGGGACCCGGCAUUACAGCUUCAUAUCAAGUGCACGGUGGCAAUAUCCAACUACAUGGCGCACCUGCUCAACUUCAACCCCGAGAUGCUUCUCACCGGCAGCAGGCACCAUCUCAUCUCCGAAGCCGUUGAGGAGCUGAAAUCCUCCUCUUUGUCCAAGAACAAGGACGAGCUAAGCCAGAAGGACGUCAAUGAGCUCAUUACCGGCAUACUGGACCGUGACACUAGUAGUAGUACGUCCCAAGAAGUUUUCCACAUCCUGGAGGCAUGCAAGCUCGCCAAGGAGCUGCUGGAGAUAGGGGACCCGACGGCGCGGUGGAUGCUCAUGUACCGGGUGUGGCUGGGCAUGCUCUGCUACUCGGCCAGCAUGUGCAGGGGUUACCUCCACGCCAAGAGCUUGGGUGAAGGUGGGGAGUUCCUCUCCUUCGUCUGGCUCGUGCUCUCGCUCAAGGGGGCCAAGAGCUUGGCCGACAAGCUGCAGAUGCCGCCGGAGGCUUCUGACACGGCCAAAUCGAACGCGCCGCCGCCGGUUACUUGA